GGCUCUAUCGCACUCUUCAUGGCGUCUGGUCGAAGGCUAAAGACAGGUCGCAAGCUGACAAACGGACAGGCCAGUUGACUCCAACGGUUCUCUUUAGUGUGUGUGUGUGCUCUCUCUGUGACGUCAUGGAGGUGGAGAGAGUCCGGGUGGACGGCGAGAGGUCUCUGACGACACUGAGGUUCGAGGCUGCGGUCAAAGUGAUCAAGAGUUUGGCCCCGGAUGGUCCCUUUCAGCCCUCCAAUGACAUGAUGCUCAAGUUCUACAGUUACUAUAAACAGUCCACUGUGGGAGCGUGCAAUAUACCACGACCUGGCUUCUGGGAUGCAGUCGGCAAAGCAAAAUGGGAUGCAUGGAAUUCUCUUGGAGACAUGUCAAAAGAAAAAGCAAUGGCAGCCUAUGUGGAUGAAAUGAAGCUGAUCCUCGAGGGUAUGCCCAUGACGGAGGAGGUGGAGGAGCUCCUGCGCGUCCUCGGCCCGUUCUACGAGCUGACGGAGGAGAAGAAAAAGAUCUCACAGAUAUCAGACCUGAGCUCAGGGUUUGGCACAAUGUUGAACUCAAUGCCAUCGAAGAGCAUCGCAAAGAGCAUCGUCAGAACGAUGGAAAUGAACGGCACCCUGGAGACUCAUCCUGCCAGGCUCAAAUCUAAGGAAGUGAAGGAAAAGUCAGAGGAGGAAGAAGAAGAAGAAGAGGAGGAGGAGGAAGAAGAAGAAGAAGAAGAAGAGGAGGAGGAGGAAGAAGAUGAGGAGGAGGAGGAGGGAGAAGUAGUGAUACGGGAGGUCAGAAAAGAAAAGAAAUCAGCAGCUUCACAGCCAAAGAAGAAGGGUUCAGCCAGGAGACACAAAGCGCCCCUGUCCAACGGUAAGGUGGCCAACGGGGUCACCCAACUGACCAACGGGAGUCAUUCCAGAUCCGCCCUGAACAACGGACACUCCCAGGAGGGUUCAGUGGGAGAGACUCUGCCCAAUGGUCACCACACGGAUCCCGGUGUCAAAGUGUCUGGUCCGAGCCACCUGGCCAGUGACUCAGACAGCGAAGUCUACUGCGAUUCUGUGGACCAGUUCGGCCAGGAAGAGAGCUCAGAGCAUAACCGCUCAAUGGACGACCUGGAAGACGAGGAGAACCACGUCCUGCCGCCUCUGGAGGAGCCACAGGAAGAUGAUCACGGUGCACCGCAGGGCAUCCGGUGUGGAGGAGAAGAUGGGGAGAACGGAGGAACGAUGUCACAGAGACAGAGACUGAAUGCAGACAAGCCGGACAGCUCUUUGGUCAGAAGAGGACGGGGCUCUCAUGGCCGCGGCUCUGAAUCUCUGAUGCCCGUGUACGGUGGUGGCGAUGGGGACGGGGACCGCUGGGGAGGAGCGGGGACGCCCGCUGGGAGCCUGAAUGAGCAGAUAGUGGUGGCGUUGGCGAGACUGCAGGAGGACAUGCAGAGCGUUCUGGAGAGGCUGCACACUCUGGAGGCUCUGACUGCUGGCCAGGCCAGAUCAAUGUCUCUGCCUCCAACUUAUCCAUCCACCCCGGUGAAUAAGAGGAGUCAGAAACCGUCCUGGUGGCCUUUCGACAUUUCUCCGACCAGUUUGGCCUUCGCCGUUAUUUGGCCAUUCGUGGUGCAGUGGCUUAUUCGCCUAUACCUGCAGAGGAGGAGAAGGCGGAUCAACUGAACCUGCUCUCACACAAACACCAAUGGACAUCGGCGAUAAAGAGGAGUCCUCUACAUGUCUUUGGUUGGGUUGCUAAUGGCUGUAACUCCCCCUUGCUUAGACUCACAGCCCAGUAAUUAGCUUUUGCACUAUGAAGAAGGAGCCGGAGAGUGAAAUGAGUAAGAGGGAAAAGACAACCUCUUAAGUGUGUUGUACUGUGGAUGUGGAAUCAAAUAGAAACGUGAAUGUAUGGAGCUCGCAGCUUGUUGUAAUACAAGCUUUUCAAGGGGAUGCCACUGUACUGGGAUCUUUGUCUCCGUCACGACUGGUUUGUGUAGAGAGAGGGGAUUUACAGAUGUGAUGUUUUCAGCGUGUUGAUCAACCUGAACUGCAGCAGCUUCUAAAUUACUUCCAUAACUAAGGCUGUGUUGCACAUAAAACUAGUCCUGAUACUUUGUUGUUUUGAGCGUAACGCUUGCUGUGGUUAUACAUUUUCACGAUUAUCUUAUCAUUAGUUGCCCAGAAAAUGCUGCUAUAACAAAAAAACUGUGUGUAGUUUAGAAGGGAGGAUUGAAUGUAAUUAUGUAUUGAUAUAUGAGAUUCUUUUAAAUUCUGAUAAUAAGUUGAUAUUUAUUGCUUUGAGCGAGUUAGAAGGAAGGCGUUAAUGGCCAGAUUUCAUCUGUAUAAAUGAAGUCAAAAGUGGCUGCUAAAUGUUGUGUAUAGGUUAGACGACCUUAUCGAUAUGUUUUAAUCACCUGUCCUGCUGCAUAUCAGUCUGUGCUUUAUGUCAAAGAAGUGCUCUCCAUUUUAAUUGUUUCCCAAAUAGAAGAAGUGCCUCAACAUCGUACGGCACUUGUACUGUAGGUGGCAUUAUGGUUUCUUACAUUCACAUAUUGUAGCAUAACAGUUCCAGUGCUGGACCAAAUCAACAUUAAUCAUACUACCUUAGUGAGCCAUGAAGUGAUGCGAAUCUCAGCUGUCUGAUUUUUAAUAUUUAACACGUGUCACUGUGUUGUUUACGCUGUCCUGAUUUUUCUCUAUUGUAUCAUUUUAAUGUGCGAUGUAAUAUGUUUGUACGAAUAUUGUGGAAAGAUUUUGUGUGAGUGAUAGUAAUCAUUAACGGUUUGCAAAGCAGUGAGAUGUAUGUAAAUUGUAUACAGUAGCUGUACAGUUCAGAUAAUAAUGCAGUAUUUUAAUUGCAUAUCCAUGUAUUAAUGAUAUAGAAUACUAUAUAAAUUACAAAUGUUUGCAUCUGCAAUAGCACUAAUAUUUCCAGAGCCAUUAUGUUUGAAUAAAAAAGUAAUUUACCUUUCUACUGAAAUGGGCUAAGGCUUUCUCACCGUCUCUGCCUGUGGACAGAGUGGUGUUUGCAUGUGAUAAUCCAA